GACACGACGGCGGCUCACUGCACGCCAGUGCUGGGAAGUUUACAACCGAGAGCAACCUCGGGCUCCCUGGAUUAUCCAACCCGCAUUCGGUUGAUGUUUUUCAGGUCGUUGCAGCGAGUCACGCCGCCUGGCAAGCGUUUUUUUCCUUUGCAGUGGCCUAAAUACACCCGAGUCGCUCCCCGGGACUCGAACCCGUGACCUGGUCCGCAGAAGUGCGGCUCUCCGGGACAGUAAGGCUGCAGGACAGGACUCCCGGCAUGUUCCCCAGCAUCCCCCGUCUCCCCGCGGAGCGGCGAUGACAAAUGGACUGUGUGGUUUGUUCUCUCGUCUCCAGCCUGCACGGGAAUAAAGUGCGACUGAACUUGCGCCUCCAGGUAGAUCCAGGACGCGUUUCCAUUUUCCUGUAGUUGGUGUCCCGGUGCAGCGUGCAGGAGUUGAACCAUGCGGAGCGGCGAGGACGCGGAGGGCUUUGACGGCCAGGCCUCCAGCAGCUCCAUGAUCUCCGGGGCCAGCAGCCCCUACCAGCCCACCACCGAGCCCGUGCACCCCCGCCUGCUGGGGGCCGUGCGCUGCGACACGGACUACCUCCGCUCAUACUUUGGCAUUCUAAAGCUGGUGGAAGUGGUCCUAUCGCUCAUCGGAUUUAUCUGCAUAGAGACCAUCAUGAUGUGUUCUCCCUGUGGAGGCGUUUACUUCUUUGAGUUUGUCAGCUGCAGUGCCUUCGUGGUGACAGGAGUUCUGCUCCUGAUCUUCAGCCUCAACCUCCACCUCAAGGUCCCCCAGGUCAACUGGAACCUCACGGACCUGGUCAACACUGCUGCCAGCACCUUGUUCUUCUUCUUGUCGUCUCUCGUGCUGGCGUGCAUCAACCACAACACUGGAGCUGAGAUAGCAGCAGUGAUCUUUGGCUUCCUGGUGACAGGUGUUUACGGCUUAAACACCUUCCUGGCGGUACGGCGGUGGCGUCGUGGGAACGGCUGUCAGAGGGCAGCUCAGGCCAGCGAGUACAUCCGAGCACGCACAGCAUCUCGUGGAGAAAUGGAGGCCCGACCCGAGCUCGCAUGAGGGCUUUCAGACAAUCAGACUAAGAGAAAGCCAGACUUGAGGCAGCUGAAUGUAAUGAACACGAGUCUGCCCUCCGAACAGUUCAGACCAAUCAAGAGACCAAUUUGUUUCAUGGGCGGAGACGACCUCUGUGGCUUUGCUUGGCAGCCCUGGCUGUUCCUUGAUCACGUAUUAACUCUCUAGUGAAAUGCAGGGUCGGAAUUAAAGGUGUAGUUUGUCAAUUCUUUCUUCAACUAAAUCAGGCGAAAGUUGGAUGAUAUGGAGGCAAAAAAAAAACAAAACAGGCAAUGAUUUUUAGAUUUACUAACUUUUUAAUUUUUUUUUUAGGACAGUGUGACUUGCAUGUCAUGCCUGCAACACAUUCCAGAAAAUAACUGGUACUGAGACCGUUUAGUGCUGGUGAAGGAGGUGAAAGGCAAGACAAAUAAAUAAAUAUCUUAUGUCAGACAGCCGAUGUCAACAGGUGUUUGUCCUGAGGAUCCAUGAUAGGCUGAAUGUUUGAGGGCCAAAGAUCUCCAGAUGAUGUUCAGUGGAUUUCAGUUCAUUCGGCAUCAUUAAACUACUCAAGUUAUAUAUAAGAGGACUGUCAGUGUGUAAAAAGCAAGAACUCCUUUGUCAAGUACUAUAAUCUGUAUCUGCAGUCACAAAAAUGUCCCUGUGCAAGAAGGGAGCCUUUCGUUAACCUUUUCCAGGGGCGGCCUUUGACGUUUGUGGGUUCUGGGGGAUCUGGGGUCGACCAUCACACAGCGGGAUUGUAUAUUGAGCUCAGAUGAGCCGGUACUCUGGAUCUUUUAUGGAAAAGGUGGAUAUAACAUGCUCCAGACCAAAGAUGAAAACAACUAUCCAGAGAGUUCCCAGAGACAAGUCCAAAAACCAGAGUCUGUAGUGAGGUUGAUUCUGCGCCCCUGGGAAACGUCAUCUACGCUUCUGUGAUGGCAGCAUUCAUGCAGAGAAGGACAACAUAUUCUGCCUUCAAGACAGCAUCUUUUCCAGGGACAUCUUUGCACUUCAACAAAGUGCUGGGCUGGCCUGCCUCCAGUCCAACAGAGGAUGGGUUGAACGCUGUACCUCUUGUACCUUUCAAGCUUACAGAAAAAAUGGGACAAAAUAACAACUGAAAUGCAGCAUUGUUUGGUAUCCUCGGUGAAGGAACGUCUUCACCGUUGUGAGAAUGAAUAGCAUCAAGACAGAGUGGCUAAAGCUUUACUGUCCAAACUUUUAGGAAUGUGUUGUAGGUCUGAAAUUCAAAAAAUUUGUGUGAAGAAACUUCAUUAAGCGCUACAAGGUUACUUCACUCAAACUGCGGUCUGUGUGGACUCGAAGGAAUUUUAUUUCACUGUGAAUGAGGUUUUUAAGAGAAGGAUCCCUUAAGUGGAAUUUGCUUAUAUCAUUCCACUGGCUGUGAAGUCUUAAGAUAAAUAAAAUCGUUGACCAGGAUGCCUCUGGAACAGCGACAUGCAGUUUUCUCUUUGUCUUAGCUGACUUUGAAAACUUCUUUCAAAAUUCUACCAUAAGCUGCUAUCAAGAUGAUAGCUGUAAGAAAUUGUACAUUGACAGUACAGACUCAAAAUACUCUAAGUUAAAAUGUUCCCAAUACACCAUCUAGUGGUAAAAAUUAUAACGACUGAAUACAAAUUAAACAAUUUGUAUACAAAACUGAACCAUCCAUCUCAGGUUGUGCCGAAUCAAUCCCAAAUAAUUAUUUUUUCCAGAUUCUUGGACUUAACCUCAUAUCAGCUUCUCCAACAGUCUAUUAUUUUGUGAGACCUAGACAAGUACAAAAAUGGUUCCCCAAGUCAGUUUAACAUAGUCAUUCUUUUAAAGACCAAGGGGUGUCGGACUCCAGUCCUCGAGGGCCGGUGUCCCUGCAGGUUUUAGAUGUUUCCCUGCUUCAUUGCACCAUGAUACAAGUGACUGUGUCAUCAACAGAACUAUCCAGACUUUGAUGUCAAACUGGUGAUGAUGAUUAAUUAGAAUCAGGUGUGUUAAAGCAGUGAAACAUCUAAAACAUGCAGGACACUGGCCCUUCUGGGAUUCAGUUUGACACUGUGUUGUUGUUAUGAGGAGAGAGUUCAUACCUUAGUUUUUCCUAGAUUAUUGUCCAAAAUAUUCUCUCACUAUUUUUCUUAAAACGUUUUGUUUUCGUUUAAAGGUAAGUGGUUAUUUUGUUCCCUUUGCUCAUGUCCAAGGUGUGAGAUUGAUUUAAAAGAAAAUUCAACAUGGGCGAUUGAGACCAAUGACUCUGUAAACUGCAUCUCAGGAAUUUGCACUCCUUCACUCUUCAAUUUUUUAGAAAAAACAAACAAACAAACAAAAAAAAAAACCCAUCUGAAAUGAACUCACAGGGUGCCUGGACCUGAACGCUGUAUUUCGUGAUGCCUUCAGCCGUGACACUUGUGUUGUAGAAAA